UUUGAAAUUAUGGCCACAUUAUCCACAAAUCCUGAGCCUGAUAACACAGAUACAACUUUGUGUUGUCACCCUUUAGCGGGCAAAUGUUGCUACGUCAGGCUUCCUCAACGUAUAAUCUUAGCCAUCUUACUCCAUUUUCUCUUGCAAAGCAACUUCAGCAACAGAAUAGUGCUAAAUAUAGCCAUAGUGGAAAUGGUCGAACCUGCAAAAAACGAUCCUGAUCAUCAACCAGCUUGUCCAGAGUUUGAACAACCCAAUCAUACUCAGGAGGGUAGCUUCUCCUGGUCUCAAACGACCAAAUCCUUGAUACUCUACGCUUUUUACAUAGGCUACACCCCGACCCAAAUACCAGGUGGAUGGUUAGCUGACAAAUAUGGUGCACGUUAUGUUCUUAUAGUUAGUGUAUUGAUAACUAUUACUAGCUCAGCUACAUUACCUGUCACAGUGCAUCAUUUUGGUUAUAUUGCGGCUGUGGUUAACAGAUUGGUUUUAGGAGCAUCACAUGGUGUUUGUAUUCCAUGCACAGCAUCGUUGGUUAGUACGUGGAUACCGCCCGAAGAGCGGGCUACUUUGGGCAGUUUAUGCUACAGUGGUAUGAAUUUGGGCGUCGUUGCGGGUAGUCUGAUAACAGGAGUUCUAAUGGAAUUUUUUAACAGUUGGUCGCCUGUUUUCUACCUUUGGGGUGGCUACUCUGGAAUCUAUUUAAUAUUCCUUUGCUUAUAUUUGUUCUCAUUUCCUGACGACCAUCCUUUUAUGUCCCAAGUAGAGAACGAGUACAUCCGGAGUGCCAGUGGCUUGAUUAAUUUAUCACGACAGCCCAAAAAUACCCCCUGGAAAGCUAUAUUAACCAAUGCACCUUACUGGGCCAAUGUGUGGGCUCAAUUCGCCCACCAUUUUAUUUAUUUUACCAUUAUCACUUACCUGCCCACCUAUAUGAGCGAUAUUUUGAUGUAUGGCGUAGCUCAUGAUGGAUUGUUUGCUGCCAUGCCCUUCGCAGCUAUGUAUCUCUUCAGUUUAGUGCUAUCCUUCACUACAUCAAAAGUUUUUUUACGCUGCAUGACUAAAAAGACCUUUGAUAAAUAUUUUGGAGCAGGAUCAAAUGUUGUAUCUUCGGCACUACUGCUAGCAGCAACCUUCUCAGAAUGCAACAGAUACCUAGUUAACUUUUUUUUUAUUGCCAGCAUGAUAGUAAAAGCCUUUUAUUACGUCACUUUACCUAUCAACAUUAACACUUUGUCCAGAAAUUAUGGGGGUCUAUUGUAUGGAGGAAUGAAUGCUAUCAGUUCAAUAAGUGGCGUAAUUGGUAACCUCAUUAUGGGAUACCUAGCAGCCGAAAAACAAUUCUUUGGCUGGAAAAUAGCAUUUUCCAUAAUGCUGGCCUUGUCUGUGGUGACUACCGUUGCCUUUUUUAUAUUUUCCUCUGACGAGCGCCAAGAGUUUGAUUAUUUAGAAGACGAGAUAAGAGACAAGUAGCUUAGCUGAUUUGUGUUGUAUAAUGUAGUUAAUAAAGGAAUUUGC